GCAAUCACGACCAGCAGCACCGUGCACUGGGACACGAGAUUGCAGCGACGCCCGCAGCCCCAUCGGCCCAGGGUGCGAACGAAGGUGCCACAGCGACUGGUAGACCUCUUCGCCCUGUUGACCUGGGCUCUCGGCGCCUUCUGUGCGGCCUGGUGCUGGUGCGCCUCAAGCUCCAGGCGGCGGGCGAGGUCCUGCGCCGCCUCGGGCGUCGUGGACAGCAUCGGCAGGCCCAGCCCCCCGGCCGGUCCCACUGGCGCGUGGAAAGCCGACGACGCCGUGGACAGCGGAGAGCUCUUACUCCACGAGCUGUCGCCAGAGCGCGCCGAGGGCGCGGGUGAGGCGACUCGGCUGUCGGCUACCACUUUGGUCCACGCGCCGUUGAUCAUCUUG